CGUGAGCCCUAGAAAUCUCUCUCUCUCUUUUGCGCGCAAUGGCGAUGGCGCUCGAUCGGGUUGCGAAUUCCUGCUGUUCGCGGCGAUUCAAUCGUGGAGGAGCGAGCGGGAUUGCGAUAGUAUUGCUCCAGGUUUGCUGAUUUCUUGCGCGCCGCAAUGCCGUCGUGAGAUGCCGCCGAUGUCGCGGCGCGCAAAUGUGGAGGGAUUUCUAGAUGAAACGAAAGAGCACGGAGCUGGGGGACGCAGGGAUCGAUUUGGAGAGGCGGCGGGAUAGCAGCGACAAUGCAACCACGGCGGCGUCGGUGUUUGCCCAGGGUCCAAGAAGUGGCUCUCAAUCGCGUGUGGCGGCAUCCAGCUCUAGCGUGGAGAACAGAUUGCCGCCAGCGUCUAUGGAGCUGGUUCUAGCGACCGAUGCCGGCGAUGGUGAUACCAACAUGAACGAUACCGGGGCCGAGGAGGAGGAGGAGGAGGACGAUGGUGGCAAUGACCACGUCGGGGACGUGACGCUUCGCCAGUGGCUGAGACCCGGGAGGACUGUCGAUCGAGUGGCGUGUCUACACAUCUUCAAACAGGUGCUGGAGUUUGUAGAGCUCGCGCAGAAGCAAGGUGUGAUUCUCCGGACUAUCAGGCCAUCCUGCUUCAUGAUCUCGCCUCUCCAUCGCAUCACCUUUAUCGAGUCCGCCAGCAGCUCGGACAGAUCUUCCGAGCACUCGACCGGGAGGGCCGCGGACUUUCCCGAGCAGGAUAUGGGAAUGGAGGCCCAGAGAAAUGUGGAUGCCGCUGCUAUCACCGACUUGCAAAGAGCUCUUGCGCAGCCCGAUGACCAGUGGACGUCUUCGUUCGAUCCCAGCGAGCCCAGUAGCCACGAGAUUGACGAGAACUUUCCUCUCCGACAAGUGCUGGCCAAGGAGCAAACCUGGUACACGAGUCCCGAGGAGCUUGCCGGUGGCGCUAGCUCGUUUGCAUCGGAUGUGUACAGCCUCGGCGUGCUUUUUUUCGAGCUGUUCUGCGUCUUCUCCUCAAACAUGGAAUGGUCGAGAGCGAUGUCUGAUCUUCGCCACCGGAUACUUCCUCCACGACUGCUUUCCGAGUCGCCGAAAGAGGCAGCGCUCUGUCUCUGGCUUCUUCAUCCGGAGCCACAGUCCCGGCCGAAAGCCAGGGAGAUCUUCCAGUGCGAGCUAUUCAGUGAGGCAGGAGAGGCUCUUGCCGAGCGUGAGGCGGCCGUGGACAUUGAAGAGAAGGAAGCAGACUCGGCCUUGUUGCUAGAAUUCCUUCUUCGUGUGCAACAGGAGAAGGAAGAGGCGGCCCAGAAGUUGUGUCGAGACGUGCAAGGCCUCAGCACAGACAUCGACGAGGUUGAGAAGCGUAGGGGGGUACUAAAACACAAGGGACUGAUGGUAAGCCAUGCAGAGAGGGACAGGAUGUGGAGCCUUGGGGGGCCGAGGGAUGAAAGUUUUGGUAGCUCUAGCAGGCACAGGCUAGAUCUUUCGUUGCGGAUGGAACCAACUAGAGUAGGAGGAGAUGAAGCAGGGCCGUCCGAGGGGAAUGACAUAGUUUCACCGGUGGUUGAGAGUAGGAGGCAUAGCGAAGUUUUGUCCAGGAGUGCCCGACUGAUGAGGAACUUUAGUCAGCUAGAGCAGGCUUAUUUUUCAAUGAGGUGGAAAGUCGAUCCUGCGGGAGUGGAUAUGGACGUGGACGGGCCUUCUUCUGGUGGUAAACAGAUCGUAGAAGCUUCUCCGGUGGCUGGAAGUGCGAAUGAUCGUCUCGGGGGCUUCUUUGACAGCCUUUGCAAGUAUGCCAGAUACAGUCGGUUCGAAGUGAAGGCUACCUUGAGGCAUGGAGACUUGCUCAACACAGCCAACAUGGUGUGCUCUCUCAGCUUCGAUCGGGACGAGGAAUUCUUUGCAACAGCUGGAGUGUGCAAGAAGAUCAAGGUGUUCGAGUGCGAUACGGUUCUCAACGAGCAUGUUGACAUUCAUUACCCGGUGGUGGAGAUGGCUAGCAGAUCCAAGCUUAGCAAUAUCUGCUGGAAUAGCUACAUCAAGAGUCACCUUGCUUCAAGUGAUUACGAUGGUGUAAUACAGCUUUGGGACGCUAGUACCAGUCAGACACUCGUAGAGUACAAAGAACACGAGAAACGGGCGUGGUCUGUGGAUUUUUCGCAUGCAGACCCGACGAAGCUCGCAAGUGGUAGCGAUGAUGGAACUGUAAAACUGUGGAGCAUAAACCAGGAAGCAAGCACUGGAACGAUUAAGACCAAAGCCAACGUUUGCUGCGUCCAGUUUCCUUCCGACUCAGCGCACUUACUUACCUUCGGCUCGGCUGACUACAAGAUCUAUUGUUACGACUUGAGGAAUACAAAGGGUCCCCUGUGCAUCCUGUCGAGCCACAACAAGGCCGUGAGCUACGUAAGGUUCGUUGAUUCCUCGACGAUCGUCUCAGCCUCGACGGAUAGCACACUCAAGCUGUGGGACCUCAGCAAAGUGAUGAGAAAUGGAAACUCUAGCAACGCGUGCAGCUUGACUUACACGGGGCAUACAAACGAGAAGAAUUUCGUUGGACUGUCUGUAUCCGAUGGCUACAUCGCGUGUGGCUCAGAGACAAAUGCUGUGUUUUGCUAUCACAAGUCACUCCCGAUGCCACUGGCGACUCACAAGUUUGGCUCCUCGGACCCGGUCUCCGGCCAGGAAAACGAAGACGAUGGAGGCCAGUUUGUCUCGAGCGUGUGCUGGAGAGGGAAAUCGCAGACUCUCCUCGCUGCAAACUCCAUGGGAAACAUCAAAGUGCUCGAGCUGGUUUAAGCAGAGGAGUUGCAAUUUUUGAGGAACGAAGAACAAAAUAUCUUCCUCCAAAGCUGUAAAGAGAAAAAGUGAGCUGUAUCAUUGUAAAUGGUGGACGCAAUUCCACGAAAGGUUUUUUCUUAAGAUCGUCUUUACCCGUC